UCCACUCCUCCUCGCAACCACCACCAGAGAUCGCCGUAACCGCCUCCAUCAAUCUCUCCUACCACCACCAUCGAGCGGUGACGGUCGACAACGACAUCGAUAACUAUCAUUAUUUCUGCGACACCGGAUUCAUCGUCGAUCGCUCCGUCCCGCUCUUGCCGAGCCCAAUCCACUCGCUUCCGCCGCUGCCGCCGCCGACUGCAGCAACCCUGCCUUUGAUGUGAUUCCUGACUCAGCUACCCCAGACAUUCCACAUUGUUGGCCCCAAGAUGUUGCGACGGCCUCCUGGCCAUGUCGCCCCCCAGCGCAAGUACCUGCUGGCACUUGCCCUGGUCUUGCUCCCGUGGCUUCCCCUCGCCGGUGCUCAGCAGCAGCACCAGCGUCCGCCCGUAGCAGCCCACCACCAACCCAGGUCGCCGCCCGAAGACGACCGACAUGCCGCCUCCGACCUAGCAGCGGCUGCCGUGACGGGCCAAGAGACGGCCGAGACCCCCGCUAUUUCCCAGCAGCGGAAGACCGUCAAGAGCAGGGAGGCCGACGACGAGCAAUUCCGCCAGCGGAUACUCGCCCGACCGCCCCACGACGAUAGCAAUAACAACAACGACAUCAUUUAUAACGAUGCGCGCGCCCACGCUUUGGCUCCGGACCUGUCCGUUCGAGCACCACCUCCAUCACACUACAGAGGCCCCGCCCCCGGGGCCGGACUCUCGCAGCACGUUGCGCGGAGCCUGGAGGAUUGGGAAGUGGAAGACUUUGUUCUUCUGGCGACCGUCGAUGGAGACCUCUACGCCAGCGACCGGAAAACCGGGCAAGAGCGCUGGCAUUUCAAGGCCGACCACCCCAUGGUCGAGACCCGACAUUUCCGGACCAACCGUACGGUCCUGGACGACGAUUACGACCCCAUCGAUCACUACAUUUGGGUCGUCGAGCCCACCCGUGACGGCGAGUUGUACCUCUGGAGGCCCAACGAGAACGGCGCCGGGUUGGCCAAGAUGACCUUGACCAUGAAAAAGUUGGUCGAGGAGCUGGCACCCUUCAACGACAAAGCCAACCGCGUGCUCUACACCGGGGACAAGAGGACCACAAUGGUCACUUUGAACGCCGCCACGGGGACCAUCAUCAAGCAAUUCGGCUCGACCGGCAGUUACGUGAAUCAGGUCGAAACCGAGAGUUGCUUCAAGCCCAACGCGCUGGCGGACGGCGAGGAGGAAUGCAGCGAGGACAGCACCAUCACGCUCGGUCGCACCGAGUAUACAGUCAGCAUCCACCGCACCGACGGCCACCCGAUUGCGUCCCUGAAAUAUUCCGAGUGGGGGCCCAACACGCAGGAUAACGACCUCAUCCAACAAAACCUCCUGACCAAGGACAGCCGGUAUGUCACCAGCCAGCACGACGGCAAGAUUUACGGCUUCGAGUACAGCCGCUUCAGAGAAGAGCGUCCAGUGUUCACCAAGACGCUCUCGUCGCCCGUCGCUCGCGUGUUUGACGUCCUCCACCGCUGGGAAUCCGCUGCCGGUAUGGACCCGGAACUUAUUGCCCUGCCUCAACCACCGCUCCCCGCGAGUGACGAGGACAACCUGCGUCUUCGGAGCGAGAAGGUCUUCAUCAACCAAACCGAGGAUGGUGGAUGGUAUGCUCUCUCUGGGAGCAGAUAUCCCCUGAUUUUAUCAGCCCCACUUGCGCCCAUCCAUCGCGUCGACUGGUGGAGGAUCAAGGAAGCCUGGGACCUGCUUCCAGAGUCUCAGAAGUCCAGGGCCUUGGUCGGGACGCACCAGCUGCCGGACGGUCUCGGAUCCGACGGCAGGGUCCAGCAGCCGCCCUCGCGGUUGUUACUGGAUGGUCCUCGUACCGGGCCGGAGGGCCUCAUCGACGGCAACAUUGCCAAACCACUCCCGCCGCAUCACCCGCCCGAGCCGGAACCAAGUAGGAUUUUCGAGACGGCGAAGAGAGUGCCAGGAUUUGUCGCGACCAGGGUUUUCGACCUCGUUAGCAAUCCCGCCGCCAUUGUUCUGUUCGUCGUCACGCUGUGGAUGCUCUACAAGGACAGGCUUGUUCGCCUCAACCGAGCAUCCAGGAAAGACAAUGCCUUGGCACCGGAGAUCGAAGUCAACCGUACGGAGCCAACCCCUGCGCCGACAGCGGACAAACCCUCUUCCGCUGUCGAACCCGCCGAGCUCGGGACAGAGGCGACAACACCGGAUGUCGUCCCUGCUGACGCAGUUACUGUCGACCCCCCUGUCGCCGGAGCGGCUGCCACCGAGGCCACCCUAGAGGCAAAGGUGGACGCACAGCCGCCCAGCCAGACGCCCCCCGCUACCGUUACCUUUGCCGACCCUCCAUCGAACAACGAGCCGGCAGAAGGAGCCGAUGCCGCCGCUGGUGGUGAGCCCGUCAAGAAGAAGAAAGGGCACAGGGGCCGUCGGGGAGGCGUCAAGCAUCGUAAGGGCAACAAGGACAAGCGUGAGAAUUCGCAGUCACGCGACGACGACCCCCCGGAGGAAACCGUGGAUGAGGUUAUCAGCAAGGCCAAGACUCUUGUCAAGGAGCCCAAGUUAGAGCCGGACAUCAUCACGGUCUCCGGGACUGCCGACGAGGUGUCGGGCCAUAUGCUCAAGAUGGGGAGUCUCGAGGUGAACGAAGCCGAGCAACUGGGUACGGGAAGUAACGGUACCGUUGUUUUUGCCGGGAAGUGGGACGGCCGCGAUGUUGCCGUGAAACGCAUGCUGGUGCAAUUCAACGAGAUCGCCAGUCAAGAGACUAGGCUACUAAGGGAGAGCGACGACCACCCAAAUGUGAUUCGCUACUAUGCGCAGCAAGAGCGAGCCGCGUUCCUCUACAUUGCGUUGGAGCUCUGCCAAGCUUCGCUCGCCGACAUCGUGCAAAAGCCGCACUGUUUUAGGGAGCUGGCGCAGGCAGGCGAGCGCGAUAUGCCGGGUGUCCUGUACCAAAUCGCCCACGGGCUGAGCCACCUGCACAGUUUGCGCAUCGUCCACCGCGAUCUCAAGCCGCAGAACAUCCUGGUCAACAUGGGCAAGAACGGACAACCGCGGAUCCUCGUCUCCGACUUUGGCCUAUGCAAGAAACUAGAAGGCGGGCAGUCUUCGUUCGGCGCUACUACCGCCCACGCCGCCGGAACCACCGGGUGGCGCGCACCGGAGCUCCUGAUCGACGACGACGCGCCGGUCCCGACGUCCAUGACGAUGACGGACCCCGGCUCCAGCCUGCACAGCGCGUCCGGCUCCGGUUUGGUCGAGGGCCCGGGACCCCACGCCCGGCGCGUGACGCGAGCCAUCGACAUCUUCUCCCUCGGCCUGGUCUUCUUCUACGUGCUGACCCGCGGCAACCACCCGUUCGACUGCGGCGACCGCUUCAUGCGCGAGGUCAACAUCCGCAAGGGCAACUACAGCCUACAACUGCUCGACGUGCUGGGCGACUUCGCCUUCGAGGCCCGCGACCUGAUCGGCAGCAUGCUCAACGCGCACCCCAAGCAGCGGCCCACGGCCGUCGACGUCAUGGCCCACCCCUUCUUCUGGAGCUACAAGAAGCGCCUGGCCUUCCUGUGCGACGUGUCGGACCACUUCGAGAAGGAGCCGCGCGAGCCGCCCUCGCCCGCCCUCGCCCACCUCGAGGCCCGCGCCCCGGAGGUCGUCCAGGGCGACUUCCUCCGCCACCUCCCGCGCGACUUUGUCGACAGCCUCGGCAAGCAGCGCAAGUACACGGGCGCCCGCCUGCUCGACCUGCUGCGCGCCCUGCGCAACAAGCGGAACCAUUACGAGGACAUGCCCGAGUCGCUCAAGAAGGCGGUCGGCGCGCUGCCGGACGGCUAUUUGGCUUUCUGGGCGUGCCGGUUUCCGAAUCUGUUGAUCGAGUGCUGGAAUGUCGUCUAUGACCUGCACUGGGAGAAUACGGAUCGGUUUAGGGACUAUUAUGUGCCCGCGCCGCCGACGGGGUUGUAGGGGGAUGCUGUUGGCGAGGGGUGAGGGGGCCGGGGGGGUUGGUGAAGGGUGAGGUGAGGGGGCGCGGUGGUGAGUGGGUGGCUGAGUGGGUGGCUGAGUGGGUGGCUGAGGGGGUGG